CAUAAAAAUGAUAACAGCAAUUUUCUCUUAUUUGUCUUCUAGUCCUUCUAAUAUUAAUUUGCGUCGGGUGAUUUACUUUUUUCAACUGGUGAUUCUGUAUGAACUAUUAUAUCAGAGAAUUACCCAAAUGUAUUUUACGUAAACUACCGAAACAAUCGAAAGUAGAACUUACAUCACAUCUAGAUUAUGUUCUGUCCUUAUUGCCGCUAUGGAUUCGUUGAUUUUAAGACUUAAUCGAAUCGCCAAGUGAACAUAUGUGGCUCAUUUUCGGUCUACCACCACGAAUUACCCCAAAAAAUCGCGUUCUCCAAAUAUAUAAGUCCUCGCCUGUGAUUGGAUGAAGACACUUGCGAAUUAGUCGCCUCCAUUGAUUGCUUCCUGAUUUCUGUUCAAAAUGAACUGUUUCACUUGGUUAUUUUACUCCCUUUUUUCCUUCGUUUACAUGGCUUUAGUUACAGCAGGUGGAGGUGGAAAAGGACAUGACGAGCAUGUAAAGAUCAUCGUUCCUGAAUAUCAUCACACUCACCAUCAUCAUGAGACUGUUUACAAAACAAUUCAUCAUGGAGGCGGAGGUGGUGGAGGACACAGUCAUGGAGGAAAACCGUUCAGUUUUGGAGGACACGGAGGAUGGUAAUUCGUCGUCCGAUUUGCCCAAUAAUUUCACUCAUCAAAAGUACUUUUUUACAUUUUUACCUGUUGAGGUUCGUCCUUAAAGUUUGUAGUUUUAGUUUCGUUGCCUGGGUGUGGUGAUAUUGUGAUUUUUCGUUUAGUUUAGUUUAAGUUGUUUAUAAUUCACAUUCGUUUUAUAUAAAUACAAUUUAUUGUUUGUUGAAUUUUAAAUUAUAUGGAAAUAAAUGUAAGUAUGGAAUAAAAUAAGUCUUUAGUCUUUAUAAA